AUGCCCUCAUACGCAGUCGUGGGUGGAUCACGUGGUAUCGGACUGGAAUUCGUUAGACAGCUGUCUGCUAACCCGGAUAAUACGGUCUUUGUGCUAGUGCGGGAUAAAGCUAGGUCUUCGCAUCUCGCUUCGGUAGUUGCUGCAGCGGGCAACAAUAUCCACGUCUUCCAAGCCGAUGUCGCUGCUGCUGCUGAGAUCGCACAGCUCACUGGCGGAGGACUAGAUGUUCUUAUCCACAAUGCCGCACGCCUGGAGGGCCCACACUUAUAUCGCAAUCUCACCAAUUAUGAGAGCGAAGAACAACUGGACGAAGAUUUUCUACAAUUCUUCAAAGUCAACGUGCUAGGCGUUGUGCACACUGUCAAUGCGUUUCUACCGCUGCUCCGCAAGGGCACAGCCAAGAAGAUUAUCAUUCUCGCCUACGGAACGACCAAGGCCGGGACUCACAUGGUCGUGACGAAAUACGCCGCCCUCCUAGAAAAUGAAGGGUUCACCGUCGUUGCACUGUCCCCAGGGUUGGUGGACACCUCUGCUACUGCCGUUGUUGACGAGUCCGAUCGCACACCUGCUCAAACGCGCGCUGGGACACUCGCAGACGUCGAUACGGACAAGACUGACUAUAACAGGAGACUGCAGGAUAUCACUGCCAUCACUCCUGAGGAGUCGGUAAAAGGAAUGCUGAAGGUCAUCCAGACCGUUGGACCAGCAGAUACAGGAGCCUUCUUGUGGACUGGAAACUUGAGCGUGUAA